AUGAGCAGGAACAUCUACGACAUCGAUCCAGCGGGCAACGUGCUCUGCACAUAUAACGGUGAAUCACAGGAGAGUCUAAGGGCUCACCAAACCAAAAUCCCCCCUCUUACCGCCCUCCUCCACGCCUUCCUCCCCGCCGGCUACCCCCACUCCGUAACCCCCGACUACCUCCCCUACCAAACCUACGACUCCCUCCAAGCCUUUUUCAGCAGUAUUUCCUCGUUGCUCGCCAACCGCGCCGUCCUCGAAGGCCUUGGGGUAGGGGACGCCUCUUCGUCCCCCACAGGAGCGCUCAUUCUCAAAAUCGCCAGCGACACCAUCUCCCGCGUCGCCACCAUUUUAUUUGCCCAUCGUCUGGGCACCGCCAUCGAACCGGAAUGUAAAUUUUUCAGGUUCUUGGCUGAUUGUUUGAACGAUGCUGCGCAAUUGCUGGAUUUGUUGGUGCCGGCGAUGAUGGAGAGGUAUGGAUUGAAGUUGGGUGUGAUUGUGGGUGCGGGGGUAUUAAGGAGUUGGUGUGGUGUUGCGGCGAGUGCGAGUAAGGCGAGUUUGUCUGCGCAUUUUAUUGUUGUUGCUUCGCAGCAAAAAGGCGGGGGAAAUAAUCUGGCGGAAUUGAAUGCCAAGGAGGCAAGUCAGGAGACGGUGGUGAGUCUUUUGGGUAUGUUGGUGGGGAGUCUGGUGGUACAAGUGGUGCAGGAUCGACUGGUGGUGUGGGUGUUGAUGGUGGGAUUGCUGGGGGUGCAUUUGUUGAUGAAUUAUUGGGGGGUGAGGUGUGUCAGGUGUCGGACGCUGAAUAGGCAGCGGGCGACGAUGGUGGUGAGGGAGUGGUUGGAAACGGGGAGGGUGUUGGGGCCGGAGGAGGAUGGGCUGGAGAGCCAUUAUGAGAACGAGGUGCCGCUGCUAGGAUAUACGUCGGAGGAGCAGAAAGGAACCGUCUUUGCGGCGCUGGCGGCUGUUGGGUGGGAUCUGGAGACGAAUGCGUUGGAAACGAGAUCGCCUGUGAGGGUGAGGGUCGGGAUUGGGAAGAAAGUUCCAAUCCCAUCUGAAAAGGAUCUUAUUCGACAACCACAUGUGUCCAAGAAGGAUUGA